AUGACGGCUGCCGAGCACAGCGCGGCCGAGGAACUGCUGGGCCGGGCGAUACACCGCAAUGCUGCUCCGUUCUCAAUGUUUGAUGACAAGCACUGGCGCGCGUGGCUGAAGAUGAUACGACCAUCAUUUCGCCCUCCCACUCGCGAAGCCAUUGGUGGGCGUCUUCUCUGUGCUGAGUACGAUUUCGUCCAGACGGAGGCGAUUCGAGCGGUGCAGGCGUUUCGAUCGAUCUGCAUUACGAUUGAUGGCGCGACGAACAAGGCUAGCAAACAUAUCCUCAACGUGAUGGCGGCAGGUCCACUUGCGUACUUCAUUGAGCACUUUGUGAUGGACCCGAAGCGCGAGACCGCUGUCAACUUGAUGGGCAAAUUGAAGAGCGUCCACCAUCGCCUCCGCCUGUCGAUGGGUCUGGCGCAAGACGACAACGCCGACGUGAUCGCGGUGGAUGAUGUUCCAACGCCACCGGAACCCAUGUGGAACCUGUGCACGGAUUCGCCUAACGUCAUGAAGGCGUUCCGACGGCAAGCGCUUCUGACGGGCCUAUUUACGUUUGCAUAUGGGUGUCUGCCUCAUGGUCUACACAAUUUGUGUAUGGAUGUGAACAAAUUCCCAGUCGUCAAGCGCAUUAUGUCGAUCAAUGUUUUUUUCAUCGUCAACAAGAUCAAUGCCGUCCAUCUGCUCACAUCAAUGUUCGAAGUCGUUUGUGCCGAGAAGCACGGGAAGACAUACUCGCUCAUCCUGUUUACGAAGACGCGUUGGGGCACAGGUUACUUCAUGCUUCGUCGCAAUCUGCUCCUAAAAUCAGUCCUCGUUCAAUGCCGAACUCCAUUGACCCCGAUGACAAGUUCAAGGAUGUGGUGA